GCAUCCACCUUGACGGUGGAGUAGCGUGACAAUUUUCCGUCCUGAUGAAAACACUGCGUCCUUGUAUCGUGUCAAGCAACCGGCGCCAGAAGCGAAGCAUCAGCGGGUCACGCACUCCAGUGUCCGGGCCGCAGCCAAAGGUGGUCCGGGCUGUAGCGGCUGGCAGACUGACCUCCAUGUGGAGACGCGUUCUCCUUGGAUGACCUACACGCAACGGAUCACCUGCCGCUCCUGUGGAUUUGUGUCGCGGGACCGAGUGCGAGACUCCACCGCAGACUCCCGGUCCGGUCAGCUGACUCGGUGGGGGGGGGGAGGAAAACGUGGCGACGUUUCUUCGACUGACUUGGCUGGAAGUUGCACGCGCCACAUGAUGUACACGAUCACCCGAGGACCCAGCAAACUGGUGACACAGCGAAGGACAGGUCCCACUCAGCAAGUCGAGAGCAAGUUCUCCGAGCCCAAGUUCCGACCCACGUCCUGGCUCUCGUCGAACGCUCCUCCUCCAAAGAUCGUGUUCAACCGUCUGAACGGGAAACGCUACCACAGCAGCACCACGCUGCAGAGCAACGGCGCUGCAGAGGGAUUCACGCCCGCGCACGAGGAGAACGUCAGAUUUGUGUACGAAGCGUGGCAGGAGGUGGAGCAGAAGCUGGAGGUGGUGGGAGAAUCCAACACUCGACAGGGGCCCGUUCAUUACGCCGAGAAGACUCCCGGCGCUGUGAUGAAGAACUUCGUGCCCAUCGACCUGGAAGAGUGGUGGGCCAAGCGUUUCCUGGCCAACAUCGCCAGCCUGUCAUGACGGCCGGGUCACUGGAGGUGGGACGGGAAGCAGCGUGUUGACGCUUCACCUACAGCCGAGAGGAUCUAAAGGGCUACCGGUCUCUCUGAAGCUGAUUCAUCGCCUUGCUUUGCCUGCUGCUGGACGGUGAAUGCACUACACGAAAGCCGCCACGUUGGCUUCCAGAACUGUGGUGGUGGUGAUGUGACGCCUAUUUUCUCUUCUGGAAUGUGUGGCUGGUUAGAUGUUGAGGUUUUUCUGCUGGUUUUUGACUAAAUCAUCUGUAGAUGUUUGUCUACUGAACAGCUGAAGUAAAAAUGGCUUUUUUUUUUAAAAAGUGAGUGUGAAGA